AUGUAUCAUAAUAAUGCUUGCUUUAAAAUCAAGACAUUGUUGAAAAUGUUGUGUAACAGUGAAAUUGAUCGAAGUUUUAAAACUUUUCAAAUGUUGUAUUUAAUAUUGUUUUUAUUUAAUAUAUGUAUACAAUUAAGUAUAACAUUAUCUGUAUCUAAUAUGAAUUAUAAUACAACAGCUAUGUUAGCAAAUGAAUCAUCAUCAUCAAAUAAUUCAAUUGGUGAUAAUUUAUAUGUUAUAAAAGCAAUGGUAUAUGAAAUUGGUAUAUUAACAGAUGCAGAUAAUACAACUAAUAAUACUGAAAGACAGGAAGAAGUAAAACUUUCAUUUUAUAAUCCUCCUAAUGAA